GUGAGAAGUUCAAGAGCUCAGCAAACAAAUCAUGACCAGUAUCACUUUAUUAGCAAACCUCGUAUUUUCUAUCGUAGCAUACAUCUUAACUAACCAACUAAUCCCAUUAUUAUCUCAAACUUUAAUAUCAGCUGGUCUGAAAGGAAAAGAUUUACUUAAGCGACAAUCUACUGGUGGUGGUGGUUUUCCUGCUAAUGCUUCAAUCAAAAGUACUGUAGCACUCAAAUCUCAACCUGGUGAUUCAAAUAAAGAAGCAACUUCAUCUGAAUUCAUACCCGAAUCGACCGGUCUGAUUGCUGGAAGCAUCUAUGUUCUAGUCCUUUCGGUCUUUGUCCCAUUACCAUAUUAUACCCAUUUCUUGUCAUCGCCCGAUGCACCAGGCUCGACUGCUUUCUCAACUGUAACCGAUCAAGAGCUUGGACAGCUACCCAAUCCAUCAACGGUUCCUUUUCCACAUUCUAGCUUAAGCGCUAAUCUCGCCAGUAUUCUUUCACUCCUUAGCGCUGUGUUUUUAGGGUUCUUGGAUGAUGUGUUUGAUAUUCGUUGGAGGUUUAAACUGCCGAUCCCUGUCAUCGCAUCAGUUCCACUUUUAACAGCUUACGCCGCUGCUGCAGGUGCCACUGAUAUCAUCAUCCCGCAUAUAUUGGGACUCAGGAAUUUAUUGGGAGUUGAGAAGACCAAUGGGUUAAUUAGCAUAGGGCCACUUUACUACCUCUACAUGUCUAUGUUAUCUACAUUUUGUACCAACAGUAUCAACAUCCUCGCAGGUGUUAAUGGGGUUGAAGUCGGCCAGUCGAUCAUCAUUUGCCUUUCAAUUAUUUUAAAUGAUUUGCUAUACAUCAAGCUUGACCUCAAUGACCUCGGUAUUCAAAGAGAUCAACAAUUGGAAGAUCGACACUUGUUUUCGUUUUGUAUGAUGACUCCAUUGUUAGCAGUUAUGCUAGCACUCAUCAAACACAAUUGGUAUCCUGCGCGUACCUUUGUGGGUGAUACAUUUUGUUAUUUCGCAGGAAUGGCCUUUGCAGUGGUUGGAAUCCUCGGCCAUUUUUCGAAAACCGUCCUAUUAUUCUUCAUUCCUCAGAUUUUCAAUUUCCUUUACUCUUGUCCUCAACUCUUCGGGCUUAUUCCGAUUCCAAGACAUAGACUUCCAGCACGAGAUCCGGUGACUGAUCGAUUGAAACCUUCAAUGGUUCACUUUACUGAGCCAUGUAGAUUUGUUGGAUGCCUUCGCAUACUUGAAACAUUUGGGUUGAUACGCUUAUUAAGGAAUCGAGAAGGAGAAGUAAUAGGUUGUUCAAAUUUAACUUUAUUGAACUUGUUGUUAAUUUGGUUUGGAGAAAUGAGAGAGGAUAAGUUAACAAUGGUAAUGAUGGGAUCUCAAGUGUUUGGUACUUUGAUUGGACUCGGAAUUCGGUAUGGGAUGUCAGGACUUUUUUAUGAUUUGUCAAUGAGGAGAUAAAGAUGUUGUCAUAGAUUUGCAUAUUUCUAAUAUUGAAUAUCAGCAUGGUUUUUAUGUGAUUAUUCACGUU